AUGGCUUCAUCGAAGGGAGUUGCUUUGGCAUUACUUCUCUUUUUGGCUUUGUUGCUAUUUUCUGUUCCUUCCACAUCAGCAGAGAAAGAGAAGAAGCAUAAGCAAUGCAGCAAAAUUGGAGCACAUUUCCAUUGUGGUGAGACAUUGAUGAAGGUGGCCCUGGGUAUAAUAUCAGAUAAGGACUGCCAAGGUUGCUGCAAGUACCUUAAAGAGGUAGAUGAAAGUGAAGCUGCUUCAUGCCUUUGCAAGGCUGUUCCUGAUAAACACAAGGAUAAGAUUACUUAUACUUUGAACUCAAUCCUCAAGACCUGUAAGAUCGAUUGCAAAGUCCCUGCUUACUACAAGUGCCCAAAAGAAUAG